UGGUCUUUUACGUCAACUUCCUCCCGAAUCGACUAAAAUGGGAUCGAUAACCCAAGGAACCCCAAUUCACGUCCCACACCAAGACAAACGCAUCUACGACCCUUAUUUUACCACGAAACGACCUCCAAACCCCACCCAACAAUACCAACCAAACCACCAAUAUCGCACCGCCCCCUACUCGGUGGAACACCAAUUAAGUAACCGACAAAUAAUUAUGACCGAUUACAUAACCUCACAACAUAUGCCGGGGAGGCGCCCCGAAAAACAAUAUUACCCGUCGAUGAGAACCCCGCCACCGCCCACCGCUCAAGUCGUUCAGUCCCAACAACAAAGACAAGGAGUGAUUCAAAGACACAAUACGAGGCCGCAUUACCCGCCGCCACCGCCCGGACACGAAGCGCUAAAUUCUUUGGUGGAUAUCGCGGUGCAACAGCCGAGUUUGCCCGUUCCGAAUGCGCCGCCUCACGAGGGGUUGGGAAAAACGAUCGCGGACAAUAUUUUGGAACAGCCGCAUCGGUAUAUGUUGCAACAACAGCAACAGCUCAGGCAACAACAACAGCAACAACAUCAACAUCAACAGCAAAGAAUUGAAGCUGAGAGGAGAGUUUACCACCAACAACCAAGACCCCAACAACUCCAACCACAACAAGUAAAUCGAAACGAAUCAACAUUAACAGCGGCUAGUUUAAUCGACGCGAUCAUAACACACCAAAUAAAUCAAUCGGAAGGUGGAAGAGAAGUGGUUACGAAUAGCCGCGAACCCCAACGCGCGGGGGAUCGUCUUUUUCAAAGUUUCCACCGCGAGCAACCCCAACCGGUCAUCGACAACAACGGCGAGCGGCCAUCCUCGGUGAUUUCCGUCGAUUUAGACGGCGACAACACGAUCGUCAACAAAAAUAUGACCGUUAAAGAAUUGACGGAUUCCGUGAUUAGCCACGAUUUUAAUACUCGCCAGCAUUACUAUCACCACCAAGAUAAAGUAAACGAGUGGAAUCGGAGGAUGCAACACAAAGAGGAUAAACGAUCGGGGACCCCGCAACAAGACGAGCGACAAAUUAUAAGGAUAGCACAACAACAACAACAACCGCAGAAAUAUCACGGAGUCGAACCGAUUUCGCCGCCGGAAGCGAAUCAUUGGCCAGAACAAAAUUAUCGGAGAUAUCAAACCCAACAGCAACAACAACAACAACAACAACCUCAAUCGCAUCUCUCGGCGUUUGAUUACGUUAAAAAUCGGAUUGUUGAGGUGAUGAGGACCGAGGAUGAUAAUAAAAAGGAUGGACAGGAUAAAGAUCGGAGUGAUAGUCCUGGUGAUAUGGUUAUUGAUGAGGAAAAACACGACGGUGAUAAUAACGCGCCCGGAAGUGUCGUGCAAGUACAACCCAGUUAUUCUUACGCGAUGGAUGGGAACAGAAAUGAGCCGGAACCGCUGUUAGAUUCAAAAUACGAACAAUUAUCCGACGAGGAUUAACCUAAAAUAACGUGAUUUUUUUUUGACUUCAUUUUUUAAUUAAAUAAUCUGUAAAUAGUUUAAAAUCGUACGUUAAAAACCCAAAAAAAAAUUAAUAAUAAUUCUUUUUUUAUAUAUUAUAAAUAAAAUUAGGGUUAAUUUACGCUCUUUAAGGAA